AGCCCUUUUGAUAAGAGAGAGAGCGAGAGAAAAGGGAGAGAAACCCAGAGAAACUGAGAAGAGAGAGCAGAGAUUGGAGAACAGGUUGCCAAGUCGGACGCGCAACGAAUUUGGAAAUCGAGUCACAGCCGAAAGUGCGUGAGCGUUGUCAGCUCCAACAACAACAACAAAACACAACAUACAUAUAUAUAUAUAUAGAAAGAUAUAUAGCAAUCAAGACCCGAAAACUCGGACCUGCAUUUAACCCAACCCAAUCCAAGCUUAACCCAUGAGCAGCUGAGAUCGAAAAACAGAUCCACUCUCAACACAUUCAAGCCCAGAAACUGCCGAAAGAGUUCCAAAUGAAAACGUUAGUGCUUAGUCCGGAUGACCUGCAGAACUUCAACAAGUUCAUCUAUGAUCCCAAGUCGGCUGCCCAGCUGGCUGCCAGUGCGGGUGCCAUUGGAGCGGCUGCAGCAGCGGCGGCGGCCGUUCAUGGAGCUCCGCCCACCACAGCCACCACCACAGUCCAGCUGCUGCAGUCCGGCGGCGGCGGCGGUGCACCAGUGAACUCCGGAGUUGUGCCCGUGUCCGUGCCGGUUGGUGUGCCCACCAGUACAGCCAAUAGUGCCAACAACCUGAUGGCACUGCACUACUACCUUAAGCAUCCCGGAAUGCAGCAGGUGCCCAUCCCACAGCAGCAGCAACAACAACAACAGCAGCAACAGCACCAGCAACACCAUCAGCAGCAGUUGCUGGCCCAGUCGCAGACGCAACUGAAGCAGCUGCAGCUGAAACAGCCCACGAUCCACCAGCACCAGCAGCACAUCAGCUACCACCAUCACCACCCGUACUACCAGCAGCAGCAGGCACCGCCACCUCAGCCCCAGCCCCUGAAGAGCCAGCAGCAGUCGCAUUUGCCCGUGCACGCCCUCAACCAGAACUCCAACUUCUCGGCGGCCAGCUCCAGCACAGGCGGCACAGCCUCCAGCCAUGCGCCCACCCAACAGUCCAACGGAUCCAGCGUAUCACCCACCAUCGUUUCCCGCGUGGCCGCCGUUGGGGCUCCCAACAGCAGCAGUAACAUUGCCGCCGCAGCGAAUGCCCUGCUUCGGGCAUCGGCAGCGUCCGCCUCAUCAUCGUCGUCCUCAUCGUCAUCAUCCGCGUCGUCGACCUCCUCAACCAGCAGCUCAUCCAGCGCCAGCAGCUCAUCCUCGGCCAACUGCGCCAAGAAGCUGAAGACGGAACCGGUGCUGUCGCAGUACAAUCAAACGGAGCGCCUCAACUUCGCCAACACGUACAUAGUGUGGAGCGAGGAGCACUGGCGGCGGGUGGUGUUCCACGACGAGCGGCGCUUCAAUCUGGACGGACCGGAUGGCUUCUCCUACUACUUCCACGACUUGCGGAACUACGAGCGCACCCUGUCGCAGCGACCUCGUGGCAAUUCCGUCUACAUCUACCUAAUGGUGUGCGUCGGAGGAGCCGUCCACCUGGAGGUCUCCUCUGCGAAGCAACGACCAGAGUCCUGCAUUGAAGCCAUUAUGCGCGAGAGGCCCAAUAUUGUGGGCAAGUUGGGCAGCCCGGAGUUUGUGCUGCAGGACCACAACUGGAUGUCGCACGCCCUGCCCACCGCCCAGGAUCUGCUGAACGCGGAAGGACUGAAGACGCAAAAGUGGCCCACCAUCGCCCAUGACCUGAACAUCAUGGAGAACGUGUGGGGCUGGCUGAUACGCGAAGUGUUUGACGGCGGGCGGAAGUUUUCGCGCAAGGACGACUUGAUAUUCCGCAUCAAGGAGGCGUGGUCCCGUCUGCCCCUCGACCUAAUCACCAACUUGUACAGCACCCUGCCCGAACGGAUCACGGAGCUCUACUACACGCAGGGCGUCUACACGAAUUGUUGACAUCGGACCGCGAAGCCUUCAUGGUGGCCUCCAUGUGGCCAGAGCAAGGACCGAAGUCAGGGCAUCAAGGGGCAGGCGGUAGCAGAUCCUGCAGAACCUGGAACCUCGAUGGAAGCAAAUCUUUAUAUACAAUUUAACUUAACUUUUUGUGUAUAGCUUUAAGAUGUGUGCAACGGGAGCGGCAACGGCGCGGACUGGACGACAGGAACUGGACUGAAAGCAAGAAAGACAGGACUCGCCGACGACUGACAGACGACUGACCGACCGACCUGGGUUAUAUAAGUUAUCAAGUUUUUUAGUUAUUUAAAAAUGAACAUAAAAAAAAAACUGAAAAAAGCAAACAAAAAAAAAAUCUGAAGAAUGUGGGCAGAACACGCGUAAGGUGUUGCCAUAUCGCUUUGUAAUUAGUGUUUUCUCCCCCAUGCCCCACCCCUAACUUUCCCUCAUUUAAGUAUAAUGAACCCCCCCCCCCUUUAAUUCGUAAGCUAUACCUAAGUUUAAGUUUUCGUUUUUUUACCUAUUACCACCCUUCUUCCCAUACUCUAUUAGGUAUACCUAUAUAUAUAUAUUAAAAUAUAUUAGUUGCAAACAAUUUAAUUUUGAACUUAACUCUCCACCCACCCCCACUCCCCCCAUUUUUGUUAAUUGUUUUUAGUUGUGCCAGAACGGUAGAAGAAGAACAAAAUUAAGAAAUAAAAGAAAAAAAAAUAAAUAUAUAAAUGCCAAGCGAGCAGUGAGCAGUGAGGAAGAAAAACAAAAUAAAUUGUAACUAAAGUAUUAUUUUAAGGCAUAGUUUUUGUUGUAGCAAAUUACGGAAAAAUGAAAAAAAAACACUCACUCAGUCGAUAAAAAAAAGAAACGAUCCUAUCAUGUAAAAUUGUUUACAAAGAGAACAGAUACAGAAAAAGAAAUUAUGAUUAACUAAUUAUCAAUGUAAUUAAUACAUAUUAAAACGAUAACGAAAGAGCAAA